GCCUUUACUGUGCGCCGGAAGGAGGCUCUUAUAGCGCUUUUGGAAUUAUGGCGGCGGUGGAUAUCCGAGUUUUUGUAGAUGAAUGUCCAUGGAUACAUGAGGCUGUUUAAAUUGAUUGAGAUCUGUGAAUAAUAAAAUAACCUGCUGGGGAUCUCCUGGGUUGACAGCUCUUGGAUCCCCAUCUUGAACAGUGGCAGUGUCCUGGAUUACUUUUCAGAAAGAAGCAAUCCUUUCUAUGACAGGACGUGUAAUAAUGAGGUGGUCAAAAUGCAGAGGCUGACAUUAGAGCACUUGAAUCAGAUGGUUGGAAUCGAAUACAUCCUUUUACAUGCUCAAGAGCCCAUUCUUUUCAUCAUUCGAAAGCAACAGCGGCAGUCCCCUGCUCAAGUUAUUCCACUGGCUGAUUACUAUAUCAUCGCUGGAGUCAUCUAUCAGGCGCCAGACUUGGGAUCAGUUAUAAACUCCAGAGUGCUUACUGCAGUGCAUGGAAUUCAGUCAGCUUUUGAUGAAGCUAUGUCAUACUGUCGAUACCAUCCUUCCAAAGGAUAUUGGUGGCACUUUAAAGAUCACGAAGAACAAGAGAAAGUCAAACCUAAAGCCAAAAGGAAAGAAGAACCAAGCUCUAUUUUUCAAAGACAGCGUGUGGAUGCUUUACUCAUAGACCUUAGACAGAAAUUUCCACCCAGAUUUGUUCAGCAAAAGUCUGGAGAAAAGCCUGUCCCAGUGGAUCAGGCAAAAAAAGAGGCAGAGCCUUUGCCAGAAACUGUAAAAUCUGAGGAGAAGGAGAGCACAAAGAACAUUCAGCAGACUGUGAGCACUAAAGGUCCCCCUGAGAAACGAAUGAGACUCCAGUGAAUGUUGGACGAGGAAGAAGCUGGCCAGCUCCUUGUCAGUCGCUAUACCUCAGCACCGUGGGAGGCUCUUGAGCCUGGAAACACUAUCGCAGUUUGUACGGAAUGCACUUGUUCUUUACAAAAGGACGUUCUCCCUACCAUGUUUUCUAUGUGAAUAUUUCUUAAAUAUCUUUUGUAAUCUUUCCUCUACUGGACUUGGGCAGUGCACCUAACUCACAGAUAUGCCAGUAUAUAUCUUUAAAACAAUAAAGUUAUUUGUAUAUAUUACUCAUCA